AUCCAAUGUCGGACUGCAGAAAAGUCUUGCGACGAGUGUUAAAACAUAUAUAAAUAGAAAAAAACUCGUCACAGAGCGACAUAUUAACGCUGGACUGUCUUAUAAAUUAUUUGGGAACCGUGUUGAAGUCUGACUGAUAAGUUUAUAAGGAUUAAUCAAACUUCAUCAUGAGUUAUAUGGGGGAAGACAGUGAUCAUGAAGUGGAGGGGAUCAUGAGGGGCCGGCCACCCAGCAGUUAUGGGUCUAUGAAGAGUGACGAGCCAGAAGACAUGGAUGACUUUGAUGAUCCUCCAGCACCAACGAUCAGAGUCAUCCAGGGAACUGCGGGUUUAAUGCUGCAGCGCCCAGAAUCACCAGAGACAGCGAUAACUGAACGUACACACACAAAUCAGUCCAGCGUUCACAGAGAGGGAGUGUUCUUGAAACCUGCGUCCGGCAGACACAGAGCGGAAACAUUUCCAGCCCAACACAGGUCCAGCGUGGACAAAGAGCACACGGUGGCAGUGGGGUCUGAGGUGCGGAGCAACAUUCGGACCGAGAGAGAACCGGAUGAAGCACAGAGCGAGAGACAAACGGAGUUCAGUGAGACACACAUGGAGGAGGAACCGAACGAAGGCGGUGCGAUGGAGGUGCAGGAGGAGGACAAGAAGGAGAGGGAGACGAGUGAUGAUUAUGAUGAAAUUGUUUUAGAUUUGGACUUCAGUGAGCCAGCGGAACCUCCGCCGCCUCCUCCAGAGGGCCAUGGUCUUCAGUUUCGUCACAAGCAUCAGUCACUCACACUGAGACAUCUUUUAACGGCCAUGGUGUCGAGUCUCAGACCGUUGAGGCCAGUUGAACUGGCCUAUUUAAAGCGAUGUCUGUGCGGGCAUUACAGAUUUGAGUCUGACUACUCGACGAUUGCUGACCUAACUGACACGUUGGAUCUGGCAGAUAAACUCAUCGAGCUCUGCGGUGAAGGAGAGGCACUGUAUCUCACUAUACGAUCACUCCUAAACAUAAAAAAGGAUGAGCUUGCUAACACACUGAAGAAGACCUGUAGAAGAGCUUUGUUGCAACAUGAAUUGAGAUUGAACCAUGACAGGCGAUUUUACUGUCUGUAUGAAGGCUGUUGCCGGCCGGGUCAGCAGCGAUUCAUCAGCGAAGUCUACUCCGAACCUCUGACCGUCAUCAGAGGCAACGGGGACCCUGUAAACACUGAACAUGAGGUGCGCAGGACAGCAAGCACAAUCCAGGAGACCGUAAUAAGAGCUAGCGACAUCUUCCGACCCCACUCCAAUGACCCCAGCGACGUUCGUACAAUCAUGAUGACAGGAAUUCCUGCUUCAGGUCUGACAGUGGUUGUGAACAAGUUCAUCAUUGACUGGAAGGAGGGAAAAAGCAAUCAGGAUUUUCAGUUUGUGUUCCCACUGGCAGGGAAGGAGUUACACCUCGGGAAAGAGGGCGAUCAGACCUUCCUACUGAUGCUUGCCACGUUUUUUCCCGAGGCUGACAGCAUCAGAUUCAUAGAGAAGGAAGACUGCUUGGUUCUGUUCAUUAUCGACGCUUUAGAUCUUUGUGAGUACCCACUUAACUUCCAAAGCAACGACGCUAUUACAAGCGUGGCGACGAAAGCCCCAGUGGACGCUCUGCUGACCAGUCUGAUUAAAGGCACGAUGCUUCCUCACGCCCGAGUUUGGAUCACCAGCCACAGGGGCGCCGCUCACAAAGUCCCCUCACAGUUCAUCAGCAGGUUCGUGGAGUUGAGAGGGCUCACAGACGCGCAGAAGGAAAUCUACUUCACCAAGCGAACCAAAGACCCGGAGCUCGGUAGGAAAGUUUGGAACCACGUGAAGCGUUCUAGAACCCUCCAGAUCAUCUGUCACCUUCCCCUAUUUAGUUGGAUGGUGGCGUACGUCUUAGAGCGUGGAUUCCGUGAUCCUGAAUAUGGUGGGCGUCUGCCUGCCCUCACAACAUUCUAUUCGCAGUACGUCAUCAUCCAGAUGAACAGGUCAUUCGAGAGGUACCGCGGAUUGAAUGUGGAGGCACAGAGGUGGAGGGAAGAAGACAAGCUAUUUCUGGAGAGGCUGGGAAAGAUGGCAUAUCGCAUGAUUCUCGAGGAACGGGACGAGUUCAGCGUGAAUCAUUUGCUCUCUGUAGAACUAACAUUCGAAGAUUUGGACUCUCGGGAUGAACUCACCACCGAGGUCAGGAGAACGAGCGACGACCAGCAGACGUGGGUCUUCAAGUUUGUGCACUACACCAUCCAGGAGUAUAUGGCGGCGAUGUACGCGUACGUCACGUUUAGGAAACAAGGGAAAAAUGUAAUGGACUCAAACAAAAGCCUGUUAACAAAGAUGCUGAGCAAGGAUCGGCCGAUGAUCGAUCUGUACCGUACAGCAAUCGACCAAGCGCUGGCUUCUCAGAGGGGACAGUUCGAUUUGUUCCUGCGGUUCUUGCUUGGACUGGUGACGCCGGGAACAGAGGACAACCUGCGUGGAUACCUUCUCCCGCACUAUCAUCCCAAACCCAAAGGGAUGGAGGAUGUGGUUAAAUACAUCAAUAAGAAGAUCAAAGAAAAUGCUCAUCCUGAGAGGUGCAGGAAUCUGGAAUUGUGUCUGGUUGAACUGGAGGAAGGAAAAGAUGAGAGAUGAGAAGGGAAAAGAAGCACAGUGUUACACAUUGUAGAUGACCGAGAUGUGUUUUGGGAGGGGUGACAUUUUGAGCGUUGUCCUUGCAACUAUUUUAUAACGGCUUUCUGUAUUGGACACACUAGUGAUUGUGUAAAUCAAAAACUCCGCAAUACACACUAAUCAUCUGUUUGUAUGUGUCACAUGUUUAAAAAGACUUAGUAAUGUUGCCUUGAUGCAUCUGUAUACUUGUGUACUAAAGGAGAGGUUACAACAUACAAGUGUCCAUGUUCCUGUCAUAUGUGUAAUGUUUUCAUUUAAAAGGCAUUGCCUUGCUUUUGGAGACACAAAAGACAUUAUGUGUAACUCUCGUUUCAGACAAGAUUUAUCUUAAUCCAGGACUAUGCUUUAAUUAAAUUAGGAUAUUUAAAUCGCUUUAACUAAAAUGCCUUCGAUAAACACAUUACUGGUGUGCAUCUUGAGACAAAACAUUGGCAAUGACAUGUUUUAAGAAAUGUUCGGGCAAGUUAUUUUCAGUUAAGCACAGGAGAUUCAGGUUGUUUAGAGGGAUUUUAUGUGUCAUUGUUUUAAAUGUAUGCUCCAGAAUUAAAUUCUGUGGUCACAGAUCCAGAAAUAUUUGAGUACAUGUAUUUUUUAAAGGAGACUGCAAUCGUUCAAACAUAAGUCACAGUUAAACAGUGGUUUUGCUUAGAUGAAGGUUAUGUAUUUAAAGAUUGCUGUGUUAUGAAGAUCUCAGCUGCUACUAAACCAAAUGAUAAUUGAUGAUUCAUACUACAAGAAACUAA